AUGCGGCUGCACAUGGUGAAGGCGGGGAAGGAGAUGCGGCGCCUCUAUCACCGCAAGGUGCUGGAGGUGCUGAUGAAGGCCACCAAGGCGGCGCUUGAGUCGCUCCGCAAGCGUGUCUCCUGGGUCGAGAAGGGCACGUUCUCCCUGCUGACCCCGACCCGUGCGGCCGUGUUCCGCAUGGAGGCGUCGCUGACCGGCCAGCAGGUCACCGUGUCACCGGCACUGGACCAGGUGCAGGAGACGUUGGUCAGGGCCGGCAAGAUCAUCCUCUCCGUCAGCAAGGGCGUCAGCCAGUGGUGUCGUCACAAGAAGCACAAGCCGCCCCAGCCGCGCUGGGGCACCAACCUCGGCCACACCGUCAAAUACCGCGAGGUGCAGGCCCAGCACAAGAACUAUUUCGCGUACGUGUCUGAAAACAAGGAAGUAACCAAGCUGGUCGUCCUGCUCGGCAACUGCACUCACAACACCAGAAUGCGGCUGAACGCGCUGCUCGAUGAGUGGUCGCAGUACGACCACCUGUGGCGGCAGGACCGCCCGGCCGCCAUGAAGCGGCUCGCCCGCAGCCCGCCCUCGCUGUUCGAGUUCGAGGAGCAGCUGCAGCGCUACCGCGACAUCGAACGCUCCAUAGAGGAGCAGCCCAGCCUGUACCGCGUCGGCGCCAUCGUCGUCUGCGUCGACGAGCUGAAGCAGAGCCUGGUGGCGGAGCGGCGCCAGAUGCAGCGACUGAUGGCCCACCUGACGCAGGAGGGUCGCCGGCUGGCGCGGCCCAUCCGCGACCUCGAGGACGUCCGCGCCGCCAUGGAGGUGCUGCGCCGCGUGCGCGACAAGGAGAUCGACACGGACCGCGCCAUCGAGCCGGUGGAGGAGAGCCUGGUGUUGCUGGCCAAGUUCGGCAUGCCGGCCAGCCGGGACGAGGCGGACCAGGUGGACACGCUGCGCUACACCUGGCAGCGCGUGCAGAGCCACGCCGCUGACGUCCAGUCGCUGCUGCGUUCAGUCGAGCCGCACUUCCGCGGCGAGCUGGUGCGCAACCUGGCGCAGUUCGCGCGCGACGUGCGCCAGUUCUGCGCCGACUACCGGCACCGCGGCCCCAUGUCUCCAGGCCUCGAGCCACGCGAGGCCUCCGACCGCAUGCAGUUCUUCCAGAACCGUUUCGACGGUCUGUGGAGGCGGCACCAGAUCUACACCAGCGGCGAAGAGCUAAUCGGUCUGGAGCACAAGGAGUACCCCAUACUGGGCCAGAUCAAGAAGGAGCUGAAUCUUCUGCAGAAGCUGUACAGGCUGUACAACGACGUGAUCGACCGAGUGAGCAGCUACUAUGAGAUCCUGUGGGACGAGGUCAACAUCGAGGAAAUUAACAACGAGCUGAUGGAGUUUCAGAACAGGUGCCGCAAGCUGCCCAAGGGUCUCAAGGAGUGGCCAGCGUUCAACGCGCUGAAGAAGACCAUCGACGACUUCAACGACAUGUGUCCGCUGAUCGAGAUGAUGGCCAACAAGGCGAUGAAGCCGCGGCACUGGCAGCGGCUCUCGCAGGUCUCCAAGUACCACUACGAUGUGGAGAGCGACGGCUUCUGCCUGAAGGACAUUCUGAUGGCGCCGUUGCUGCAGAACAAGGAGGAUAUCGAGGACAUCUGCAUAUCGGCCGUGAAGGAGCGCGACAUCGAGGCCAAGCUGCGCCAGGUGACCACCGAGUGGUCCACCCAGGAGCUGAGCUUCAUGACGUUCAAGAACCGCGGCGAGCUGCUGCUGCGCGGCGACAACACGGCCGAGGUUAUCGGCCAGCUGGAGGACAGCCUCAUGGUGCUGGGCUCCCUGCUCUCCAACAGGUACAACGCACCGUUCCGCAAGCAGAUCCAGAACUUGCUGGCUGACCUGUCAAACACCAACGAGGUGCUGGAGCGGUGGUUGUUCGUCCAGAAUCUCUGGGUCUACCUGGAGGCAGUGUUCGUCGGCGGAGACAUCGCCAAGCAGCUGCCAAAGGAGGCCAAGCGGUUCUACAUCAUCGACCGGUCGUGGCAGCGUAUCAUGCACCGGGCGCACGAGGUGCCGAACGUGGUUUCCUGCUGCGUGGGCGAGGAGACGCUUAAGCAGCAGCUACCGCACCUGCAGGAGCAGCUGGAACUUUGCCAGAAGUCGCUCUCCGGCUACCUGGAGAAGAAGCGAGUGCUGUUCCCCCGCUUCUUUUUUGUGUCCGACCCGGCGCUGCUGGAGAUCCUGGGCCAGGCCUCCGACUCUCACACGAUCCAGAGCCACCUGAUGAGCAUCUUUGACAACACCAAGUCGGUCAAGUUCCAUGACACGGACUACGACAAGAUCCAAGCCAUCAUUUCCAGCGAGGGAGAGUCCAUCACUCUGGAGAGGCCGGUCCGGGCGGAAGGCAGUGUGGAGAUGUGGCUGAUGAACUUGCUGAAGAUGGCACAACAGUCGCUGCACGCGAUCAUCCGGCAGGGUCACUUUGUGCUGCAGGACCCCACCAUCAACGUGCUCAACUUCCUCGACAGCUUCCCAGCCCAGGUGGGCAUCCUGGGCAUUCAGAUGAUCUGGACUCGUGAUGCCGAGAUGUCGCUGAGUCAGGCCAGGCUCGACCGCAAGAUCAUGUCGGAGACCAACAACCGGUUUCUGGAGCUGCUGAACCUGCUGAUCGACCGCACGGCGGCCGACCUGAGUCGCAUGGAGCGGACCAAGUACGAGACUUUGGUCACCGUGCACGUCCACCAGAGGGACAUCUUCGACCACAUGGUGGGCGCAGCCGAUCGGUGAAGGCCUGUCACUGACUUCGAGUGGCUGAAGCAAUGCCGCUUCUACUUCAAAGACGACCUGGACCAGACGCGCAUCUCCAUCACGGACGUGCAUUUCGUGUACCAGAACGAGUUCCUGGGCUGCACCGAGCGCCUGGUGAUCACACCUCUGACUGACCGGUGCUACAUAACGUUGGCCCAGGCGCUGCACAUGUCCAUGGGCGGCUGCCCCAACGGGCCGGCCGGCACCGGUAAAACGGAGACCGUCAAGGACAUGGGCAAGACGCUUGGCAAGUACGUGGUGGUGUUCAAUUGCUCCGACCAGAUGGACUUCCGUGGCCUGGGACGCAUCUACAAAGGCCUGUGCCAGUCGGGUUCGUGGGGGUGCUUCGACGAGUUCAACCGGAUCCAACUGCCGGUGCUGUCGGUGGCCGCGCAGCAGGUGGCCGUUAUCCUCGGUGCCAAGAAGGAGCACAAGAAGUACUUCAUCUUCACCGACGGCGACGAGAUCAGCCUCAACGCCGAGUUUGGCAUCUUCCUUACCAUGAACCCGAGCUACGCCGGCCGCCAGGAACUGCCGGAGAACCUCAAGAUCCAGUUCCGCAACGUGGCCAUGAUGGUGCCCGACCGGCAGAUCAUCAUCCGCGUCAAGCUGGCCUCCUGCGGCUUCCUCGAGAAUAUCACGCUGGCCAGGAAGUUCUUCACACUGUACAAACUCUGUGAGGAGCAGUUGACGAAGCAGGUGCACUAUGAUUUCGGGCUGCGAAACAUCCUGUCAGUGCUGAGAACUCUGGGCGCUUCCAAGCGGAAGAACUCCAAAGACUCCGAGUCGACGAUUGUCAUGCGCGUGCUUCGCGACAUGAAUCUCUCCAAGCUAAUCGACGAGGACGAGCCGCUCUUCUUGUCGCUCAUCAACGACCUGUUCCCGAACAUGGCGUUGGAGAAGGCCGGUUACCCGGACCUGGAGACGGCCAUCGCCGAGGAGACGGCGCGCCAGGGCCUGGUGCCACACCCGCCCUGGACCCUCAAACUCAUCCAGUUGUACGAGACGCAGCUGGUGCGACACGGCAUCAUGACACUGGGACCGAGCGGCUCCGGCAAGACCAGCUGCAUCCAGGUGCUGAUGAGGGCGUUCACGGCCACCGGCUCCGCGCACAGGGAGAUGCGCAUGAACCCCAAGUCGAUUACGGCGGCGCAGAUGUUCGGUCGCCUGGACGUGGCCACCAACGACUGGACGGACGGCAUCUUUAGCGCCCUCUGGCGCCGCACCAUGAAGGCUAAGAAGGGUGAGUACACGUGGCUGGUGCUGGACGGACCCGUGGAUCCGAUCUGGAUCGAGAACCUCAACUCAGUGCUGGACGACAACAGGACGCUGACGCUGGCCAACGGCGACCGGCUGCCCAUGGCGCCCACCUGCAAGGUCAUCUUCGAGCCGCAGGACGUCGACAACGCCUCGCCGGCCACCGUGUCCAGGAACGGCAUGGUGUACAUGAGCUCCUCGGGCCUGGACUGGAAGCCGGUGAUCACCUCUUGGGUGCGCACCAAGCCAGACCCCAAGGCCGCCUGGCUGCUGGAACUGCGCGAGCUCUUCAACAACAGCUUUUCUGCCCUCUUUACAUGGAGCACGCAGAACCUGCGCUUCAAGAUGCCUGUGUUGGAGGUUAACGUCAUCACACAGAUUCUGACGCUGCUGAACGCCAUGCUGCCGGAGAACGUGGAGGAGUCGUGCGGGGCGCUGCGGGUGUACACCUUCUGCCUGAUGUGGUCGGUGGGCGCCUUCCUGGAGAAUGAAGACCGCGCCAAGCUGGAGCUCCAGAUGCGGACGCAGUUCUCCAGCUGGGAGCUGCCCGACCCGCAGCGGCGCGAGACAAUCUUCGAUUACUUCAUAGACGAAGCCGGCACCUGGCAGCCGUGGAGGAGCCGUGUCACCGCCUAUCACUACCCGGACAACUCGACGCCCGACUUCCCCUCCAUCCUGGUGCCCAACGUCGACAACGUGCGCACCGAGUUCCUGCUGGCGCUGGCUGCCGGCCAGGGCAAGCCCUGCCUGCUUCUGGGGGAGCCGGGCUCGGCCAAGACAGUGAUGGUGGACGCCUUCAUGAAGCGCUCCAACCCAGACGAGUUCGUCAACCGCAGGAUCAACUUCUCGUCAGCCACGCUGGGCGUCAACUUCCAGCGGACGAUGGAGAGCUUCCUGGACAAGCGGAUGGGCUCCACGUACGGCCCGCCGGCCGGCAAGAAGAUGUCCGUCUUCGUGGACGACAUCAACAGUCCUCACGUCAAUGAAUGGGGAGACCAGGUCACGAAUGAGAUCGUACGGCAGACGAUCGAAAUGAGCGGCUUCUACAGCCUGGACAAGCCCGGCGAGUUCACCCACAUCGUGGACGUCCAGUUUCUGGCCGCCAUGGGUCAGCCAGGCGGCGGCCGUAACGACAUCCCGGCGCGCCUGAAGCGGCACUUCGCCAUCUUCAACUGCACGCUGCCCUCCAACACGUCCAUCGACCUGAUCUUCGGCACGAUCGCCGUGGGUCACUAUUGCGCCAAGCGGGGCUUCACUGAGGACGUGCGCAGCCUGGUGCAGAAGCUUGUGCCUCUCACCAGGAAACUGUGGCACGUGACCAAGACCAAGAUGCUGCCGACGCCGGCCAAGUUCCACUACGUGUUCAACCUGCGCGACCUCUCGCGCAUUUGGCAGGGUGUGGUCGGCACGCUGAGCACGGUAGUCGUGUCUGAGGACAUCCUGAUGGCGCUCUGGAAGCACGAGUGCACCCGUGUGGUGGCGGACAGAUUCACCAACUCGUUGGACAGCAGCUGGUUCAGCGUGCAGCUGACGCAGACGGUGCAGAAGUACCUGGGCCUGAGCUACGCAGACAUGCUCAAACAGGACCUCUUCUUCGUUGAUUUCCUUCGGGACGCGCCGGAACCGACCGGGGACGAGGGCGACGACAUCGACAUGGAGAUGCCGAAGGUGUACGAGCCGAUCGAGUCGUUCGAGGCGCUCCGGGAGCGGCUGGUCAUGUUCCAGGCGCAGUACAACGAGAUGGUGCGCGGCGUCGGCAUGGACCUCGUCUUUUUCAUGGACGCCAUGGUCCAUCUCAUCAAGAUUUCGCGCAUCAUACGCAAUCCUGGCGGAAACGCGUUGUUGGUGGGCGUAGGCGGCUCAGGCAAGCAGUCUCUGACGAAGCUGGCCUCCUUCAUUGCCAGCUACAAGACCUUCAGCCUGACCAUCACCAGGUCAUACAAUUCAAACAAUCUAAUGGAAGAUCUGAAGGUGUUGUACAGGACAUGCGGCGUCCAGGGCAAAGGCACUACAUUCAUCUUUACCGAUCAGGACAUCAAGGAAGAGGCUUUUCUCGAAUACAUCAACAACGUUCUGGCAUCUGGGCUGAUCUCCAACCUGUUCAGCCGGGACGAGACGCAGGAGAUCUGCGCCGAGCUGACGCCAAUCAUGAAGCGUGAGCACCCGCGCCGCUCGCCCACGCCCGAGACGCUGCAGGACUACUUCCUCUGCCGCGUCCGGCAGAACCUGCACGUCGUGCUCUGCUUUUCACCGGUGGGCGAGAAGUUCCGCUCCCGUGCGCUGCGCUUCCCGAGCCUGGUGUCAGGCUGCACCAUCGACUGGUUCCAGCCGUGGCCGAAGGAGGCGCUGAUCGCCGUGGCGCAGCACUUCAUUGACAGCUUUACGCUGGCCUGCACGCCCGAGGUCCGGCGGGAGCUGGUGCAGGCCAUGGGUGCCGUCCAGGACACGGUGGCCGACUACUGCAUCCAGUUCUUCCUCAGGUUCCGCCGCUUCGCACACGUGACACCCAAGUCGUACCUGUCCUUCCUUAACUCGUACAAGACGGUGUACCGCAGCAAGAGCGCCGAGAUCGGCGAGCUCGGCGAGCGCAUGAGCUCGGGCCUCACCAAGCUGCACGAGGCGUCGCUGACGGUGGAGGCGCUGAAGCGGGAGCUGGUGGUGACGGAGACCGAUCUGGCGCUGGCCUCCGACAAGGCCGAGCAGGUGCUGGAGGCGGUGACGAACCGGGCACACGAGGCCGAGACCAUCCGAGACCAGGUGGUCCGUGUCAAGGACCGCGCCAUUGAGCUGGUCGAACAGAUCGCCGUCGACAAGCAGCUGGCCGAGCAGAAGCUGGAGCUGGCGCGGCCGGCCCUGGAGAUGGCGGAGGCGGCGCUCAACACCAUCAAGCAGGCCCACAUCGCGACGGUGCGCAAGCUGGGUCGACCUCCUCAUCUGGUGAUGCGCAUCAUGGACUGCGUGCUCAUCCUGUUCCAGAAGCGCCUACAGCCGGUCAAACCUGACCCGCAGGCCCCCUGUCCCAAACCCUCCUGGGUCGAGUCACUGAAGAUGAUGGCCAGCACGACGUUCCUGCAGCAGCUGCAGACCUACCCCAAGGACACCAUCAACGACGAGAUGAUCGAGCUGCUCGAGCCCUACUUCUCCAUGGAGGACUACAACAUGGACACGGCUACGCGCGUGUGCGGUGACGUGGCCGGUCUGCUCUCGUGGACCCGCGCCAUGUCCUUCUUCUUCGGCGUCAACAAGGAGGUGCUGCCGCUCAAGGCGAACCUGGCGCUGCAGGGCGCCCGGCUGUCGGCGGCCCAGGCCGAGCUGAGCAGGGCCGAGGCCGAGUUGACCGAGAAGGAGGCCGAGCUGGCCACCGUCAAGGCCCAGUACGACCGGGCCGUGGCCGAGACGACGCGGCUGACGCAGGCGGCCGACGCAUGUCGCCGCAAGAUGCACGCCGCCAGCCAGCUCAUCAACGGCCUUGGCGGCGAGAAGGUGCGCUGGACGCAGCAGAGCAAGGCCUUCAAGGAGCAGAUGGGACGCCUGGUGGGAGACGCCCUGCUGGCGGUGGCCUUUCUCUCGUACUCGGGCCCGUUCAACCAGGAGUUCCGCUGCGCCCUGCAAACCAGCUGGAAGAAGGUGCUGCAGUCGCGGGGUAUACCGAUGACGGCCACCCUCAACAUCGUCAGCAUGCUCUGCGACAACGCCACCGUGGCCGAGUGGAGUCUGCAGGGUUUGCCCAGUGACGAGCUGUCGAUCCAGAACGGCAUCGUGGCGACGCAGGCCAGCUGCUACCCGCUCAUGAUCGACCCACAGGGCCAGGGAAAGGCCUGGAUCAAGAACCGAGAGGCCUCCAACGAGCUUCAGAUCAGCUCACUCAACCACAAGUACUUCCGGGCUCACCUGGAGGACAGUCUGUCUCUGGGCAGGCCGCUGCUGAUUGAAGACGUGGGCGAGGAGCUGGACCCGGUGCUUGAUAACCUGCUGGAGAAGAACUUCAUCAAGUCUGGCUCUACGCUUAAGGUGCUGGUGGGUGACAAGGAGUGCGACGUUAUGCCCGGCUUCACACUCUACAUCACCACCAAGAUGGCCAAUCCGGCGUACAGUCCAGAGGUGGCCGCGAAGACGGCCAUCAUCGACUUCACCGUCACCAUGCUGGGGUUGGAGGACCAGUUGCUCGGGCGUGUGAUCCGCACUGAGAAGGUGGAGCUUGAGUCGGACCGCGUGGCUCUCAUCGAGGCCGUGAUGGAAAACAAGCGCAAGACCAAGGCGCUGGAGGACGACCUGCUGUACCGCCUGACUUCGACUCAGUUGUACGAGACGCAGCUGGUGCGACACGGCAUCAUGACACUGGGACCGAGCGGCUCCGGCAAGACCAGCUGCAUCCAGGUGCUGAUGAGGGCGUUCACGGCCACCGGCUCCGCGCACAGGGAGAUGCGCAUGAACCCCAAGUCGAUCACGGCGGCGCAGAUGUUCGGUCGCCUGGACGUGGCCACCAACGACUGGACGGACGGCAUCUUCAGCGCCCUCUGGCGCCGCACCAUGAAGGCUAAGAAGGGUGAGUACACGUGGCUGGUGCUGGACGGACCCGUGGAUCCGAUCUGGAUCGAGAACCUCAACUCAGUGCUGGACGACAACAGGACGCUGACGCUGGCCAACGGCGACCGGCUGCCCAUGGCGCCCACCUGCAAGGUCAUCUUCGAGCCGCAGGACGUCGACAACGCCUCGCCGGCCACCGUGUCCAGGAACGGCAUGGUGUACAUGAGCUCCUCGGGCUUGGACUGGAAGCCGGUGAUCACCUCUUGGGUGCGCACCAAGCCAGACCCCAAGGCCGCCUGGCUGCUGGAACUGCGCGAGUACUUCAACAACAGCUUUUCUGCCCUCUUUACAUGGAGCACGCAGAACCUGCGCUUCAAGAUGCCUGUGUUGGAGGUUAACGUCAUCACACAGAUCCUGACGCUGCUGAACGCCAUGCUGCCGGAGAACGUGGAGGAGUCGUGCGGGGCGCUGCGGGUGUACACCUUCUGCCUGAUGUGGUCGGUGGGCGCCUUCCUGGAGAAUGAAGACCGCGCCAAGCUGGAGCUCCAGAUGCGGACGCAGUUCUCCAGCUGGGAGCUGCCCGACCCGCAGCGGCGCGAGACAAUCUUCGAUUACUUCAUAGACGAAGCCGGUGCGUAA